AUGUCUGUUCAUAUCUAUCUAUCUAUCUAUCUAUCUAUCUAUCUAUCUAUCUAUCUAUCUAUCUAUGUUCAUAUCUGUAUGUAUGUAUGUCUGUUCAUAUCUAUCUAUCCAUCUAUCUAUCUACACACACGGGAUAAACAUCUACGCACCAUAACUACAAAUCUGUUCCGCUCUCUGUACUUUCCCAUGCCGGUUGAGGGCGGUUUAAUUUUCCUGCCUUCAUAUCUAUCUAUCUAUCUAUCUAUCUAUCUAUCUAUCUAUCUAUCUAUCUAUCUAUUUGUCUGUCUGUCUAUCUAUCUAUCUACUGGAUCAAAGUCUGUUCAUGAACUCUCCUCUGUCUUACUCUCCCGUGUCUUAGCCUGUUCGAUAUCAAUUUCUCGAUAUCUCACCAAGAUUAUCUAUCUAUCUAUCUAUCUAUCUAUCUAUCUAUCUAUCUAUCAAAGACACUCUAUUAUUUCUUCGAUUUUUCUACUUUCUUUUUCUUCGUCUCCUUUUUCUUCUUUCUUCUUUCUUUUUCUUCUUCUUCUUUUUCUUCUUUCUUCUUCUUUCUUUUUCUUCUUCUUCUUCUGUUUUAUAAAUUCACUUUUUCUCAGCUUUAUUAUUUCUUCGAUUUUUCUACUUUCUUUUUCUUCGUCUUCUUUUUCUUCUUCUUCUUUCUUCUUCUUUCUUUUUCUUCUUCUUCUUCUUCUUUUUUCUUCUUUUUCUUCUUCUUCUCUCUAUUAUUUCUUCGAUUUUUCUACUUUCUUUUUUUUCGUCUUCUUUUUCUUCUUUUUUCUUCUUCUUUCUUUUUCUUCUUCUUUCUUCUUCUUUCUUUUUCUUCUUCUUCUUCUUCUUCUCUCUAUUAUUUCUUCGUUUUUUCUACUUUCUUUUUUUUCGUCUUCUUUUUCUUCUUUUUUCUUCUUCUUUCUUUUUCUUCUUUCUUCUUCUUUCUUUUUCUUCUUCUUCUUCUUCUCUUUUAUAUAUUCACUUUCUUCUCAGCUCUAUUAUUUCUUCGAUUUUUCUACUUUCUUUUUCUUCGUCUCCUUUUUCUUCUUUCUUCUUUCUUUUUCUUCUUCUUUUUUUUCUUCUUCUUCUUCUUUCUUCUUCUUGCUUUUUCUUCUUCUUCUUCUUCUGUUUUAUAAAUUCACUUUCUUCUCAGCUCUAUUAUUUCUUCGAUUUUUCUACUUUCUUUUUCUUCGUCUCCUUUUUCUUCUUUCUUCUUUCUUUUACUUCUUCUUCUUUUUCUUCUUUCUUCUUUCUUUUUCUUCUUCUUCUUCUGUUUUAUAUAUUCACUUUCUUCUCAGCUCUAUUAUUUCUUCGAUUUUUCUACUUUCUUUUUCUUCGUCUCCUUUUUCUUCUUUUUUCUUCUUUUUUCUUUUUCUUCUUCUUCUUUCUUCUUCUUUCUUUUUCUUCUUCUUCUUCUUCUGUUUUAUAAAUUCACUUUCUUCUCAGCUCUAUUAUUUCUUCGAUUUUUCUACUUUCUUUUUCUUCGUCUCCUUUUUCUUCUUUCUUCUUUCUUUUACUUCUUCUUCUUUUUCUUCUUUCUUCUUUCUUUUUCUUCUUCUUCUCUCUAUUAUUUCUUCGAUUUUUCUACUUUCUUUUUCUUCGUCUUCUUUUUCUUCUUUCUUUUUCUUCUUCUUCUUCUUUUUCUUCUUCUUUCUUCUUCUUUCUUUUCUUCUUCUUCUUCUCUUUUAUAAAUUCACUUUCUUCUCAGCUCUAUUAUUUCUUCGAUUUUUCUACUUUCUUUUUCUUCGUCUCCUUUUUCUUCUUCUUUCUUUUUCUUCUUCUUCUUCUUUUUCUUCUUCUUUCUUCUUCUUUCUUUUCUUCUUCUUCUUCUCUUUUAUAAAUUCACUUUCUUCUCAGCUCUAUUAUUUCUUCGAUUUUUCUACUUUCUUUUUCUUCUUUUUCUUCUUUCUUCUUCUUCUUCUUCUUUUUCCUUCUUUUUCAGUCUUUAGCUUUCGGUCUGUAUGUAAUGCUGCAUUCUUUCAGCUAAUUUUCUUCACUGCUUUCUUAUUUAUUCGAUUUUUCUUCUUAUUAUUAUUUCUUCUUCUUCUUCUUUUUACUUCUUCCUCUUCUUUUUCUUCUCCUCCUUCUUCUUCUUCUUCCUCCUCUUCUUCUUCUUCUUCUUCUUCUUUCUUUAUGUUUCAGCUUUUAUCUUAUUACUUUUAUUUAUUCGAUUUCUCCACUGUUAAUUCUUUUUCUUUUUCUUCUUUAGUGUUUAUCUUUCAAGUUUUAUCACGUUUUAGAAAUUCACCCCACUUUCUUCUCUUUUCUCUUCUUUCUCAGAUUUUUUCCCCAUUUUUCUUAUUUCAUUAUUUUUCUUAUAUUUUAAGUUGUAAUGUCUUAAAACUGGUCCACCCUUUUCUUGCUUUACAUUUUUAUUCCUCUGGCCUUCUUCUUCUUCCUCUUCUCCUACUCCUCCUCCUCAUUCUUCUUCUUCUUCUUUUACUUCUUCUUCUUCUUCUUCUUCUUCUUCUGUUCCAUCUGUACAUUUCUUCCUAUUUUUCUUUUAUUUGCCUUUAA